AUGUACUAAUAAUUCUUCCCAUAUAUUUUUUCUCUAUUGUUUUAUGUUUUGAGAUUUAUUUUGGUUUAAUCUGUAUUUUUCUCCUCUUCUUAAAGAAUUUAAAUUGAUAAGUGUAUUUAGAGCUUAAAAAGUGCAAUAAUUUUCUAAAAAAUGGUGAUGCUUUAUAAAUUUAAUGAGAUAUUAUCACAAUACUAAGAGGAAAUCACGAAUAAAUUCAAAUAAUAUCAGUGCGUGUUUUAUAAUGAAUACUCAAGAAAGUAUGGCAAUACUAAUGUGUGGAAGUACUUAAGUGAAUUCUUUGAUUACUUGCCCUAACUGUAGUAACUGAAUUAUCAAGUAUUUUGCCAUCAUAUAUCUCUUCUUCGAUUAACUCAUUUUAGGAUAUAUGCCAGAAUAUUGUGGAUUGAUCUUGAUGAGCUAUUAUAUGGUAUUCCAGCUAAAAAAGCUUGA